AGCCAUUUUGUUUGAGGUGUUGACAUUCAACCGCUGAGUUCGACGAACUAGUUGAUAUGAGCUCCGAUAUAAUCCUAAUGUCAACUGGAACGUGGUUUAUUUAAGGCAUUCGAUACAAACUGUUGUCAAGAAGAUUUUGUAUGCGACUUCUUAUAAGUCGUCCUAUAUUAAGCGUUAGAACAAGAAUUUUCCUCACAUUUGGGUAGAAUUUUCGGACGGGCUAAUACGUUAGCUCUGGCAAAAUGGCGGCGAAUGCGGCACAAGCCCCUACAUCAAACUGGCCGUAUGGUAGUAAUUCAAGCGGAGACAGCCAAGUCCAUGAGAACCCAGAAUGGGAAAAAGCCAGACAGGCUCUAGCCUCCAUCAGUAAAAGUCAGAACUCCAAGUCUUCACCAACCAAUCGCCCCACCCAACAGGCUGGACCUUACCAACCAACAGACCCUUCUGCAAUGCAACAACAGCAGCAGCAAUACUAUCAGCAGUGGUAUCAGCAAAACCAACAACAGUAUGCUGGUUACACUUAUCCAUACAACUACUACUACCCCAUGCCUCCGUAUGGAGGACCAUAUCCUCCAGGACAGUAUGGUGUUCCAGGGAGCUAUCAGACACCCACUACCCCCACUGGACAGGCCCCUAGCAUGCCUAUGAUGGAAGAUCAGUCCUCCAGCUAUUCCUCUCAGCCCCCUCCUCCUGCAACCCCUCAACCUCCCCCUCAGAGUCCAACAUCCACUGACCAGCCCCCACCCCCUCCUCCACCCCCCAUACCUCCACCUAAUGCCCAGUACCCUCCACCAUCCCAGACCCCCUAUAGCCCUAAUGGUACUCUGCCAUACAGCCCCACUGAUUCAAACACUAUGAUGCAGGGCUACAAUGCAGGGCAGAUUCGGCCAGGGUUCCAUGGUUACCAAACUCCAUCAUAUCAACCCCCUCAGCAGCUGGGACAGGGCCCAUAUGGAGGCCCAGGCAGGGUGGAUGCUAAGAAACCUAACAAUAGCAAUAUGAACAAAGGUGGUCAGCAGAUGUGGCAACGCAUGAAACAGGCUCCUGGAACCGGUGCUGUCAAAUUUAAUAUACAAAAGCGCCCUUACGUCAUGGCCAAUCAAAACUUUCCUUCAGGUGAGCAGGCCCCUGGAUUGACUUCACCCACUGUAGCAAACCCAUUAUCUGGGUCUGUGGUGGCAAACCCUACCACGUCUGCAGGAAAUGCACAAACUCGGCCUCAGGACUGGCCACAGGCCAUGAAAGAGUAUGUACAGCGCUGCUUUACAGCCUGCGAAUCUGAAGAGGAUAAGGAUCGUACAGAAAAAGUGCUUAAAGACCUUCUGCAGUCCAGACUUCAGGAUGGCUCUGCUUACACCAUCGACUGGACCAGAGAACCACUGCCAGAUUUGAAGCAAAAACCAUCUCGCUGGGAGAUGGUUCCUCAGCGUUCUCAGGAGAAUGCUAUUGGGAGAGGUGGAGCCACCCGUGGCAGGGGUGGGGCCAGGUUGGGUAACUACAGAAAUGUCUUUUCUCAGAGAAGCCCCUCUUCCAGCUCCUCCAGGUCGUCUCGCUCAUCGUCACGAUCUCCAUCGCCUCACAGCCGACACAGGGACAGGAGUAGACAUCAUCGCAGUGACUCUGGCUCUCAGUCAGAUAGCAGCAUGUCAAGUGAUCCUCGACUUCCGCUGUCUCGGCGGCAACAAAAGGGUGGCAGGGGCCGUGGGGCAGAAAGGGAGCGAGGUAGAGGAGCUGCCGGAGAAAGAGGCAGAGGAAGAGGCAAAGCAAACAGAGGGCGGAGGAAUAUGGAAGACCUCGCUAGUGGUAUUGGUAAAAAGCGGAAAGGUGGUAAUGCAGGGCUUGACUUUCACGACCCGAAUCGAGAAGCGAAGAAGCAGAGCCGUGCAGCACGCUUCCACACUAAACUACGCACUGAGCCCCUGGUGUUGAACAUCAAUGUUUUUGACCUUCCCAAUGGCACCCAAGAGGGACUGAGUUGGGAUGAAUGCCCUAUAGUCGGCACCUGCCAGGACAUUACUAAAAACUACCUCCGCCUGACCUGUGCCCCUGACCCUUCAACCGUCAGACCUGUUCCUGUUUUGCGCAAAUCCAUGAUCGCAGUUAAAACUCAUUGGAAGUCUAAUCAGGAUUACGUAUACGCAUGUGAACAAAUGAAGUCAAUCCGACAGGAUCUCACUGUUCAAGGUGUGCGUACAGACUUCACUGUGGAAGUCUAUGAGACACAUGCUCGCAUCGCUCUGGAAAAGGGUGACCAUGAGGAGUUCAAUCAGUGCCAGACCCAGCUGAAGGCACUGUAUAAAGACUGCCCAUCAGACAACGUGGGAGAAUUCACUGCAUACAGACUUAUCUACUACAUCUUUACUAAGAAUUCUGGAGACUUGACGACUGAGCUUGUGUACCUGACCCCUGAGCUCCGUGCCGAUCCGUGUGUAGCUCAUGCUCUUGAGCUCCGUACUGCCUGGGCGCUUGGAAACUUCCACCGGUUCUUCAAACUCUAUCAGAAGGCUCCACGUAUGGCUGCUUACCUUAUCGAUAAGUUUGUGGAGCGUGAAAGAAAUCUAGCGCUGAGGGCCAUUCUUAAAACGUUCAGGCCCUUUGUGCCGGUGGAGUAUGUGCAGUCCAGCUUGGCCUUCCCAGAUUUAGACACAUGUUUAGCAUUUCUAACAGGGCUUGGGGUUACAUUCACCCCCUUUGACCCAAGCAAAAUAGAUUGUAAAGUCAGCUCAGUUAGUCUUACAACUUCCUAGUAUGGGGAAAGGUUUGGGGUUGACCAGAGAAGUUUCAUUUAUACAGCUUAAAACAGACUAUAGAUAAGGGACCAGAUAUCUACAUAAUAGACAGACACACUCAGAGCUGAUCAUAUUUAUGAAAGAUAUCUAAUUUUUAACUCUUGUAGAGUGAUGGACUUUCUGACAGAUGGACAGAUGACACAUCCACACACAGGGACUUAGGUGCCAUGUUCAAGACCCAUUAUAGCCUGUUCACACAGAGCCCACUUAAUGAAGUAUCAGACAGUUUACUUGCACCAAUAGAAAAAGGAAAAGGAUCUAAUGGGGUUGGGUCAGCAGGUCAUAUCAGGUCCCACAGAGCUCCAAAAAGCAUUUAAGCUAACAGUGUUGUGUGUUCUCAUGUUUUUCUCCCCUCAAGCAAACAGCCGCAAAGCUCAAGACCUGAAAACAUCAUGGUUAACCCAGAAUAUAAUGUGAGCCAGUUGCCACCAACAGCACACCAGCUCAAGUCUGUGUGAAGACAAAGGAUCUCUCUACAAGGUUGAUGAACUUUAAAGUCAAGUGAGCUUCAGUGCAAUCAUUCAAGCAAGAAGAAGAUGGUUUGUAUUCCCUAUCUUUCUCAUUGCCUGAGAUGUCUUCAGUGAGUCACUGGUGGGGGUGCUCUGGUAGAUCUCCUGGCUCCCUUCAUCUCUAGGAUCCUAAUGCUGAUAACAUGUAAGAUUUGGACUGAGUUAUAACAAGAUUAGGCCCUGUUCCGCAUUGUGAUAAGUUCUGCCCCCUUCCCACACAGUCUCCUCUCCCUCUCCUGCACAUCAUCAACGCUCAAGAAGCUGGCCUUCAUUAGUCCAAGAUACCCUCCUAAUCAUUCCUCGACACCCAGGAAGCACAGCUCAGUGACUCAAUCAUUCAUUUCCAUGCCAGCUGUGAUCUUACUAGGGCCAAGUGCAUUAAAGUCAUCCCAGUCCACUUAGGGCGUUUGUUCACCAUUAAAUUUGACCUCCGGCAUUUGAAGAGCGAAAGCCCCUACAAAGCACUCCCCAGCAUAGAACGUCUCUACACCUAACAUGCAGUCAGCCUGAAAAGGAAAAGUCAUUCAGAAGGAAAAGCAAGCUCAGUUUUCAUUCACAGCAAGUUGGCGGCGGUCUCUCGUCUCUUCUCCAGAUGGUGAUCUCCACUAAUCACCUCACUCCUGAAAGGGCAUCCACUGUCCUGCUGGGGUUUGGAAACACAUGGGUUUGUAUGGCUCCUUACGCUUUGACCACAUCUGCUGGUAAGAAGGACUUGAUGUUUUGAAAGCGUGGUGGAUCUUCGUUCAGCUUGGGUUGAGGUGUUAGCACUGUUGAACAACGUGCUUGGCUUCUGUUAACCCUUCUGCCAGGUUGUAAACGUAUUAUCUCAUUUCUAAACGGGCCUAAUAAUGAACUCUGCUGCACCCUUUAUCGGCAAGAUUGACACCAAAAGAUUCAUACAAAAAAUCUAAAAGAUCAGAUAAGUUAUCAUGAGUAUUACUGUGAUGCAGUAAUAAAUCUUAGAGAUUUAUCCUGGCCUUAAUCUAGCCAUUGACAAACAAAACCAUUUCCUAGUAAAAAGGUUUUACAAUUUCAAAGUAUUACAAAGUUUAGUUAAUGCUCCUUGAUUUCUAAUGGACUGCUUAAAAUUUGAACUCGAUGCUUACACAUCAGUUUCAUUGUAAAUGAAAGAGGAGUGUGUGCACCAGCAGUUUUCUUUAAGUUUAAGAUGGCAUGGAUAAGGCUUGGGGUCUGAAAUGCGUGCUUUGGCAAGAUGUGCUCAGGUCCACUAUGAGCAGAAAGGAUCGCUAACACCUCUUUGGUGAAAUUUGUACAUAUGUUGCUCAUGUAAAUAAUGUGAGAAGUGAGAUUUUUCUUUUUCCAUAUACUUUGAUUUCAUAGAUUAUUUUUGUUUAUUUGUACAAUGGUAAGUGUUGUUUUGAACUAUGCAUCAUUUUGCUGGCAGUUUUAAAAGUUUAAAUAUAAUAUUUUGGGUGGUGAGUUUGUGCGUACUGAGAUAUGGUUCAGUGCAAAUAAUCUAAAUUUUCAUGUUCAAAUUAAGUUUCUAGUUCCCCUAUACUUUAAAUAAAUUAUAGGCUAGGAAGUAAAACAUCGAGUCAACACUCAUGAAGGAGUCGGGGAUUCAUGAAUUGAUGAUCUGCCAAAUCUUUCCCUUGUUGAUCUUUACUUAAUAUUUCUAAGCAAGAUUUCCUGAUUCUCUUCCUCUUUUCUCUUUAGAUUUUCUUGCUCUCAUACCUGUAAAACUUCACUUGUUAGAUACAGACGUUUAGAUGCAACAAUAAGAGAAAGAUUUGGAUUAAGCACAAUGUUAUCAUUACAUGCUGUUUUGUUUUUUCUCUCCACCUCAAAAUAUUGAUAUUUUCAUUUGCAAUUUUUCUCAACUGAUGUGAUUUAAACGAGUACUGAAGACUGCAAUGUAUUGGAGUUGGGAAAUGGGUAUAAUGUUUAGUUGUUGUUUUUUUUUUUUUGUUUGUUUUUUUUCUCGAAGUUUACAUUAGAUCUUCUUCAUCUUUUAUUUGGUUGUGCAUUGUAAAUGAUGCUGCUGGUUGCCACACUGACUUUGCUCUCCUCUCCUCCUCAACCUUCAACCCCCUCCCAACCCUUGUUCUCUCUCCUCCUGCACUUCUUCAUUACCAGAUUCUCUCUCUUCUUGCAGUCAUGCACAUUCGGAGCAAAGCGAGAGAUGAAAAGAUGAGGGCAAAACUAAUCCAGAGGCACACUGGAAAAUGGGCAUUGAGACAUCCAGACAUCAGCCAAUUCAGAUUCUUCAUUGUGCUUGUUGUUGUCUGAUGCAUUUGUCAUUUUGAGAGCCUGGUGAUUUCAAUUUGCAAUUUAUUUUAUUUUCUUAAUGCCAAUCUUAAAACCUUGAUCAAACCAUGACAAAUCCACCAUGUUAUUCUGAAGAUGAUGUAUGUUUUAGGAAUUGCUCUCUAUAUAGUGUUUGGUAGAAUGCUGCUGUAUGUUCAGGUGUGUCUUCUCUCUUAAAGUUGCCUUUUCCCCUCCCCCUCUAAAUAUAAUAGGUGUUUUUUUUUUUUUUUUUUUUUUUGGUAACUGCUGUAUUAUUUGGUGUUUUAGUUGAUGGACUGGGGUUUCUGAUGUCUGUCUUCUGGGUUUAAUAUAAGCUGUAGAAUUGCAUACUGGACAUACCUGGACAUACAGAUGGUUAGACAUUUUCUAGAGAUUUUUACAGUAAUGUCUCUCAGGUCUUAAGAGCUCACUUUCAGAUUCCUAAUGUUGAUUGGCUGCCCAUAAUGCCUAUUACUUAAGGAUUGUCCAAAGCAAUGUUGAUUGUCUCAAAUGAUACCAGUUAAUUUUUUUUUUUCAUGAAAUGUAUUUUUAGCCUCUGCUAUUGUAGUUGAUGUGAUAUUUUCGCAGCAGUAUUACUAACAGUCUCAUCCCCUCUCUUCAAAUGUUGCCUGUCCUCUUGCACUUCUAAUUUCUUUAACGUCUUUUCACUGCAUCAGCUCUUCGCUUUUCUUUGUUCACAUUGUUUUAGAUUUGCCUCUAAAUGUUCUUACAUCAUUUCAACUUUAGCCAUUGACUCUUUGCUUUUUCCUCAUCUUUUUAAUAGUUUUUUUUUCAGCAGUCUGUUCUUUCUGCAUGUUCUUCUUUUCUGCCUCUUCUCUCCUCUAUUGUUUUCUGUAAUGCGAUGUUGUGAUUGAUUUUAUAUGUAGUCAGUGCUUGGCAGUAAGUAUUUUGACAGGAUUGUACUACUCUGAUUCUUCUUUUGCAGCUCAACCUCUAAAAGCCCUAAUGUCUCUGCCCUAUCUAGAGCUCCAUGUGUGUUCAUAUGCAGUGGAGUUCAUAAAGAAUAUACUGCCGUUUGUAGAUGCUGAUCUGUACAUAAUGUACCUACUUUCAUAUCUUGAGAGAAAAAUAAAGAAUUAAAUCUGA